AAUUCCGACCCACAGCCUGGCACCCUUCGGCUAGCGCUGUUUGUUUAGGGCUCGGUGAGUCCAAUCAGGAGCGCAGGCUGCAGUUUUCCGGCAGAGCAGUAAGAGGCGCCUCCUCUCUCCUUUUUAUUCACCAGCAGCGCCGCGCAGACCCCGGACUCGCGCUCGCCCGCUGGCGCCCUCGGCCUCUCUCGCGCAUCGGAGCACCCUCCGCCGCCGCCGCCGUUCUCCAUGCGCAGCGCCCGCUCGAGGAGCUAGAAGUCAGCUUGGAGCGGCGCGGGACCGUGGAUGGCCUUGACUGACGGCGGCUGGUGCCUGCCGAAGCGCUUCGGGGCCGCGGCUACAGACGCCGGCAAUUCCGGGGCCUUUCCAGCGCCAGAGCCCUCCACGCCACCUUCCCCCAUCUCUUCUUCGUCCUCCUCCUGCUGCUCCCGGGGCGGCGAGCGCGGCCCCGGCGGCGCCAGCAACUGCAGGACGCCGCAGCUCGACUCCGAGGCGGCUGCCGGACCCCCGGCCCGCUCGCUGCUGCUCAGCCCCUACGCUUCGCAUCCCUUCGGGGCUCCCCACGGACCUUCGGCGCCCGGGGUCGCUGGCCCCGGGAGCGCCCUGCCGAGCUGGGAGGACCUGCUGCUCUUCACUGACCUCGACCAGGCCGCGACCGCCAGCAAGCUGCUGUGGUCCAGCCGCGGCGCCAAGCUGAGCCCCUUCGCACCCGAGCAGCCCGAGGAGAUGUACCAGACCCUCGCCGCCCUCUCCAGCCAGGGGCCAGCCGCUUACGACGGCGCGCCCGGCGGUUUCGUGCAUUCUGCGGCCGCAGCAGCAGCAGCGGCCGCGGCGGCGGCCAGCUCCCCAGUUUACGUGCCCACCACCCGCGUGGGUUCCAUGCUGCCUGGCCUGCCCUACCUGCAGGGGGCGGGCAGCGGGCCCGCCAACCACGCGGGCGGCGCGGGCGCGCACCCCGGCUGGCCCCAGGCCUCGGCCGACAGCCCCCCGUACGGCAGCGGAGGUGGCGCGGCGGGCAGCGGGGCCGCCGGGCCUGGCAGUUCUGGCUCGGCCGCGGCGCACGUCUCGGCGCGCUUCCCCUACUCUCCCAGCCCGCCCAUGGCCAACGGCGCGGCGAGGGAGCCGGGGGGCUACGCGGCUGCGGGCAGCGGGGGCGCGGGCGGCGUGAGCGGCGGCGGCGGCAGCCUGGCGGCCAUGGGAGGCCGCGAGCACCAGUACAGCUCGCUGUCGGCGGCCCGGCCAUUGAACGGGACGUACCACCAUCACCACCACCACCACCCAAGUCCUUACUCUCCCUACGUGGGUGCGCCACUGACGCCCGCCUGGCCUGCUGGACCCUUCGAGACUCCGGUGCUACACAGCCUGCAGAGUCGCGCCGGAGCCCCGCUCCCCGUGCCUCGGGGCCCCAGCGCAGACCUGCUGGAAGACCUGCCUGAGAGUCGCGAGUGCGUGAACUGCGGCUCCAUCCAGACGCCGCUGUGGCGGCGGGACGGCACCGGCCACUACCUGUGCAACGCCUGCGGCCUCUAUAGCAAGAUGAACGGCCUCAGCCGGCCCCUCAUCAAGCCUCAGAAGCGCGUGCCUUCGUCACGGCGGCUUGGAUUGUCCUGUGCCAACUGUCAUACCACAACCACCACCUUAUGGCGCAGAAACGCUGAGGGUGAACCUGUGUGCAAUGCUUGUGGACUCUACAUGAAACUGCACGGGGUGCCUCGACCUCUUGCUAUGAAAAAAGAGGGAAUUCAAACCAGGAAACGAAAACCUAAGAACAUAAAUAAGUCAAAGAGUUGCUCUGGUAAUAGCAAUAAUUCCAUUCCUAUGACUCCAACUUCAACCUCUUCUAACUCAGAUGACUGCAGCAAAAAUACUUCCCCUACGACACAACCUACAGCCUCAGGGGCCGGUGCCCCGGUGAUGUCCGGUGCGGGAGAGAGCACCAACCCCGAGAACAGCGAGCUCAAGUAUUCAGGUCAGGACGGGCUCUACAUAGGCGUCAGUCUGGCCUCACCGGCCGAAGUCACAUCCUCUGUGCGACAGGAUUCCUGGUGCGCCCUGGCCCUGGCCUGAGCCCACGCUGCCAGGAGGCGGGGAGGGCUCCGCCGAGGGCCUCGCUGCAGUUGGGUCUGAUUUUGUCCAGCAGUCCAGACAGUGGCGACUGUGCUGACAGAAUGUGAUUUUUGUGCCUUUAUUUUGAAAGAGAUGUAUUUCCCAAGAGGCUUGCUGAACAGCAAGAGAAGAUGGAGCUGUUCCCUGGAAGGGCCAGAGAAACAGCAUGUCACCUCCUCCCUCCAGCCAGGGCCACAUCCAGCCAGCCCACCUGCGGGUCACCCUGGGGCCACUUCCAGAAACCUGGACAAGGACCAGGGUCUUGCCUGCUAAGGACUAUUGAGAGAGAUGUUUUUUUGAAAAAGAUUUUAUAUGUAUUGCCCCAAUCAUGUACUUCUUCUGAUCGAUGUUGUCUAUUCCAGAGUUUCUUCGUACCUUUUCCACAUCCAAAUUUCACAUGCAUUCACGGAGAAGAUCGUUUGAGGCCAUUUGGUACACAUCUCUGGAGGCUGAGUCUGUGCAUGAGGUCUCUUGUCAAGAAUAUCACUCAGUGUGUGAGACUGCAUUGUAACUGUAACGUACACUGUGCCUGAGGUUUCUCGAAGUUCGCGUCGGGUGACUGAUCUGAAGCCAGUCGGGAUUUGUAAACAGGGUAGCGAGCGAGAUACUUUUCUUCCAUGUAUACAAUAAUUUUUUUAAAAAGUGCAAUUUGCGUUGCAGCAAUCAGUGUUAAAUCAUUUGCAUAAGAUUUAACAGCAUUUUUUAUAAUGAAUGUAAACAUUUAACUUAAUGGUACUUAAAAUAAUUUAAAAGAGAAAUGUUAACUUAGACAUUCUUAUGCUUCUUUUACAACUACAUCCCAUUUCUAUAUUUCCAAUUGUUAAAGAAAAAUAUUUCAAGAACAAAUCUUCUCUCAGGAAAAUUCCCUUUCUCCAUUUGUUAAGAAUUUUUAUACAAGAACACCAACAUACGCCGUUUAUUUUACUGUGGAAUACAUGCUGGAAAAAUUGCAACAAAACUUUACUACCUAAUGGAUAGCAUUUGUAAAUACUCUAGGCAUCUGUAAACACUCUGAUGAAGUCUGUACAGUAUGACUAACCCACAGGCAGGUUGGUUUACAUUAAUUUUUUUUAAAAUGGGAUGUCAUAUGGAAACCUAUUUCACCAGAGUUUUAAAAAUAAAAAGGGUAUUGUUUUGUCUUCUGUA